GGCGCAAUGACCACGCUCCGGGCUUUCACCUGCGAUGACUUGUUCCGCUUCAACAACAUUAACUUGGAUCCACUUACAGAAACUUAUGGGAUUCCUUUUUACCUACAGUACCUUGCCCACUGGCCAGAGUACUUCAUCGUUGCAGAAGCACCUGGUGGCGAACUGAUGGGCUAUAUCAUGGGGAAAGCAGAAGGCUCUGUGGCGAGGGAGGAAUGGCACGGGCAUGUCACAGCUCUGUCUGUUGCCCCAGAAUUCCGACGUCUCGGGUUGGCAGCGAAGCUGAUGGAGCUGCUGGAGGAGAUUUCAGAAAGAAAGGGUGGCUUUUUUGUUGAUCUCUUCGUAAGAGUAUCUAACCAAGUUGCAGUCAACAUGUACAAGCAACUGGGCUACAGUGUCUACAGAACGGUCAUAGAGUACUACUCAGCCAGCAAUGGGGAGCCCGAUGAGGACGCGUAUGAUAUGCGGAAAGCACUUUCCAGGGACACAGAGAAGAAAUCCAUCAUACCACUACCUCACCCUGUGAGGCCAGAGGACAUUGAAUAA